AUGACGGUGGAGAAGGUGGACGCGGCGCUGGCCGACUUCGACGCCCACUUCGACCGCCUCUUCGCUUCCCCGGACGCCGCCUCCGACGGCAAGGUGAAGCUGCUGCUCUUCCUGGCCGACCGCGAGCCUGACUCCUCCCUCACCUGGUGCCCCGACUGCAACGUGGCGGAGCCGGUGAUCUACGAGCGGCUGGAGGCGCUGCAGGGCAGGGACGCGGUGCUCCUGCGCGCCUACGUCGGGGACAAGCCCACAUGGCGCGACCCGGCGCACCCGUGGAGGGUGGACCCCAGGUUCGGGCUCAAGGGCGUGCCCACGCUGAUCCGGUGGGAGGAUGGCGCCGGCGCCGCCGCCGCCCGCCUCGGGGACGACGAGGCGCACCUCAAGGACAAGGUUGACGCCCUCCUCUGCGCCGGCGGCAACUGA